AUGAAUGUUAUCACACUUAGGAGUGGUAAGCCACUAAAGGACUCCAAAGGAAGAACCAAACCCGAUGAAAGUGAGAAAGAGAUUUACGAGCCGCAAGCUGAGGAAACUAGGGUAGAAAGAGAAAAAACACGAGUUGAUGAAAGUACACCACCUCCCUUUAAGCCAAAAACCCCCUUCCCACAAAGGUUUGCCAAAUCUAAGCUAGAUGAGCAAUUUAAAAAGUUCAUAGAAAUGAUGAACAAAAUAUACAUUGAUGUGCCUUUCACCGAAGUUUUAACCCAAAUGCCUACCUAUGCUAAAUUUAUAAAAAAAAUAAAAAUUGAGGAAGGGUCGGAAAUAGUGAAGAAAACAAUGUGUGACCUAGGAGCCAACGUUAGCCUAAUGCCUUUGUCCCUUUAUGAAAGAUUGAGAAUAGGAGAACUUAAAUCGACUAGGAUGACCCUACAAUUAGCAGACCGUUCUGUUAAGUAUCCAGCUGGAAUUAUAGAGGAUGUCCCAGGCAAAGUAGUAGAGGUUUACAUCCUCGCUGAUUUUGUUGUGAUGGAAAUGGAGGAAGACAACCAAGUACCAAUUCUUUUAGGGAGGCCUUUCCUUGCUACUGCAGGAGCCAUCAUUGAUGUUAAAAAUGGUAAGUUAGCUUUUAAUGUUGGUAAAGAGACUGUUGAACUUGAACUUGCUAAACUAAUGAAAAGUCCUUCCAUUAAGGACUCUUGUUGCAUGAUAGACAUAGUCGACCAUUACCUGAAAGACUGCUCUUUAGCAUCAACUACACAUGAUGGUUUGGAAGUAUGCUUGGUAAACAAUGCAGGUACAAAAUUGGAAGGAGAGGCAAAAGCUUAUGAAGAGUUGUUGAAUAGAAACCCUCCAAUGGAAGGUUUAAGUGUGGAGGAGUUAGUAAAGGAAGAAUCAGCACUUCUACCAAAGGGGGCACCAAAAGUAGAGCUUAAACCGCUUCCCUCAAAUCUAAGGUAUGAGUUCUUGGGCCCUAACUCAACCUACCCUGUUAUUGUGAAUGCAAGCCUAGAUGAGCUUCUGGUGAUGAUAUAG